GUACAGCAAAACACCUAAUUACGAAGAACAAGCCGUUGGCAUAUUCAGUUAUCUGCUAAUAUUUGGCUAAAUCGUCGUUGCUUAUCCUUCGAUAUCAUUCUCCGUGAAUCAGGUACUUAUAGAAACUAUUAAACUUUGUAGACGGCAUUAAUCACUUGCAACGACAUCGGUGCGUUUACAAUAAAUGAAUGCUCCUAAAUUUGAACGAUGAUAUCAGUGAAGGUGCAAUAUACUAUCCGGCUGCAUAAAUACACCUGAAUAUUUCUCAUCAUGAGGCAGCUUAGACUCGAUUGACGCGGAGUUUAGGGUUACGUGAAAAAAGAUAUUCGACCGAGAAAUCCUGCAAUUCGGAGGCUGAUCGGUGAUCGACUAGUCAUAGAAUUGGUGCUGUAUACAUCAUGAUGAAAAAAUUAGGCGAUAAUGAGGGUCGUUCUGAGAUUGAUUUUUCGCUGACGCGACGAGAAGUCUGCUCGCUGAUAAGCUCGGAUCGGCUCGGAGCGACUACACAACUUCCGAAAUUACAUAAGAGACGGCUGGGAGGCAGCUGCCUUUGGUGGAAGAAAGUCCAACAGAUGAUUUGAGUCGUCGCCUCUGUCGUCGGGACGGCAACAAAGAUGGCGGCUGAGAAGUGAUCAGCGAUUGUGUUGGGCGCUUUGACGAGUUGCUCGAGCUGUUGGGUAAUUGGCUUUCCGUUUUACAAUUGUUGGUGCCUCGUCCGAUCGAGUCGGCGGAUGUAAUCAAGGUGUUGACGCGAGUUUACGGCCGUAAUGAAAGCCAUGCGUGUCUUCUACCAUCGAUAAUAUGGAUCAGGGAGGCAGCAAUUCGACCGCGCAAAUUUGCGAAUCCCCGCCGUCGCCGACCUUGGCCAAUUCUGGUCAAACCCCGCUGCAUCCACCCGAUUCCUCCGCAUCGUCGACCGACGCUCAACCGAAUCGGAAGACCAGAUUUGGGACUUCUGCCGAAGGGCGGAGAUUCGGUGGUGGUUUAUCUGGUCGCCGGAAAUGGCCACCGAGAAGGGUGAGCUUUCCCUCCAACGAUACGCACCUCGUUACAGGAUACCUGGAGCCAGCCAAUCCCUGGGAGUACGCUGAAAAUGUGAACCGCGAGGACUUGAUAUCAACAUAUAGGAAGUCAUGUUUACGGCAUAAUACGAAUCCGCUGGAAAGUGUUUUAGCGCAGCUAGAGAAGCUGGAAAUCACAAACGAUCGUUGCGAAACAUUGAGUUUACAUGGACAAAAACUUGAGCAAAACCAAUGCGAAUCGUUGGAGGAGAUUUUGAAAAGAGUCCAGUUCAAGAAUAUUAAUUUGGAGGCGACAUCGUUGGAGGACGAGAGCGCCGUAGCAUUGUUCGAUAUGAUGGAAUACUACGAAUCGGCAGUCCAACUAAACAUUUCGUCUAAUAGGUAUAUAAGUACGCGUGGCUGGCAAGCUUGUUCGCAUAUGAUAAAAAAAACCCAAUGUCUUGAACAGCUUGAAGCUAAAAAUGUUGUUCUGCACGAACACUACAUGCCCAUACUAAGCAGAGCUUUAAGGAUUGCGUCGCACCUGCAAGUUCUCAAGUUGGAAAAUUGUGCACUUUCGGGCAGACCGAUAGUCAUUUUAGUUGCAGCGCUGAAGCUGAAUACUGGAUUGAAGGAAUUGUACUUGGCUGACAAUAAUCUUGAUCCGCAAGACGCGAUGCAGCUAGGAUCACUCCUGAGGACCAAUAAUCACUUACAACUGUUGGACGUGAGCAAUAACAACAUCCAAGAUGGCGGUUUGGGCCACAUUUCUGAUGGUCUAGUCGAACAGCGGCUCGACGACAAGGAUGGGAAAGGAUUGGGCAUUUUGGUACUCUGGAAUAAUCACAUAACCAGAAACGGUUCGCAGCAUAUUAAUCGAGCAAUCACGCGGUGCAAAACAUUGGAAAUGUUGAACAUCGGACAAAAUAUCCUCACCAACGAAUCCCUGCAUAUAAUCAAGGAGUCGUUACAACAGAAUCGCACUCUUCUGAGACUGGGCAUGCAGUCCACUCAUCUUACCUGCGAGGCUGGUGUGACCUUGUCGGAAAUUAUCUCAGUGAAUCACGUCAUACAGAGAAUCGAUUUACGAGAUAAUCACUUGCAAAUCGCUGGACUUAUGGCGCUUGCGUUUGCUUUGAAGAAAAAUAAAAGUGUCACUCAGAUUGACUUGGACGAUGAGCCGCGGAAGAAAUUGGACGGAACGGUGGAAGAAUAUCUUGCCCUGGUGACUGAGAUUCGUGACUACUGCACGCACAACGAAGAGCCUCGCUUGACGGAGGGCAGUGUCGAGGAGUCGGAAAGUCCCGAACACCGUGGCCGGCUGUCUAGCAUGAGCUCUCGUAAGAUCUCGCUGACAUGUCAGACCCUGCCGCGAUCACCUCCCCCGAUAUUCUCCGACGUAUCCGGACCUGGUCGAACCUUGCUAGAGCCAAAACGAACCAGCGGCGGUCGCCUCCGCUCACCCGCACCAAGUCCGAUUCCCUCUCCGGUAGCGAGUCCCAUUCCCAGUCCGUCCCGGGGUCGUUUCGUGGUCUCAAGGGUAUCUGAGAGUUCGCUGAGCUCCACGAACUCCUCGGCGUCCUCUUCCCCCGUGAAUCCGCCAUCGUCCCGGAGCUCCUCGCCGACCUGUUUCUUCCCCCCCGCGACGCCUGGCGCCUCACGUUUCCGCGUGACGGUUGUUGAAAUGGGAAACUCCAAGCCCGCUGCGCCCAAGUCCGUGAUCACCUCGACUAACACCAACGUCACGGUCGGCUUUCAGUUCAGAGUCGAAACCGACGUCCGAGUCAAUGCCCACGACAGCGACGAUGACGUGUUUAAACCAGACCCAGAAACUAAUACGAGUAACCCGAUUGAUACUAAGAACAAACCUGAUCUGCAUGUCGGUCCCAGUGUCAGUCCCACGUCUGAUGAUUCAAAUCCUGACAAUCUCAGCGAGAUAACCGUUAAAAUUAAAAAAACUGGGGAGAUGCGGUGCGUCGUUAAGGAUAUCAUUCACGAAAAGGAAAGUCGAGACCGCACCGAUUCAAAUCUUUCGAACAUUUCCACGACGCCGAGAUGCAAAAACGAAAGUGACGCGUGUGUUUUGGCUGAGGUCAAAAGUGCGGUAGUGGAUAACGAUGAUCAUAACGAACUCGAUGAGGACAAGUCCGUUUCGUCAAAAAAUGACAAUAACGUUACCUUUUCACGUUCUACAAAAAGUUCGUGCGUCCAAAAGCCGCCGUCCAGUCUGGAAAAAUUGUUGGGAUUGUUCCAACACCCGGGAAGUUUGUUCUCAAGUUCGACGAACGUUGCGGACAAACUUGAGACCAAGAAUCCGUUACAGAACAAGGUGAACACCGUGAUGGCGCUCGGCGAUAAAUUCCACCAGUAUUUGCGGGACGGAAGAGGCAGUAGAGAAUGCUCGCCGCAGCCGCCUUUGCAGAGAUCGGUUUCCGACGCCCAGCAGCCCGCGGCAAAAUCGGACCCGGUGAAGUCAUGUAGCGUCCCUCAACUUUCCAGUCUCCAGGCGUUGACGAGCGUUUUCGCGCCGUCGAAUUCCGUGGAAAAGCGCGAAAAAGACGGGAGCAAAAAUGCUAUUUCGACUUUAGGCAGAAGUGUCGACAAUCCUGAACGGUUGGUGCAACAAGUACCUACGAUUGAUUUUCAAGAUAAUUCGUUUAGUAAUACAAUAAUGCCAAUGCCCAAGUGCAGGUGCGAAGACGUCGAGACAUUGCAUAGGAUAAGUGAAAAGCCGUUACCUGAAAUUGUGCAAUCAAAAGUAAAUAACAAUAUAAAUAGAAGUGACGAUUUAGGAUUAAUGAAAGAUCUUGCUGUUGAGCCAAAUACAAUGACAACAAUAACAACAACAACAACAAUUUUAGACACUAAUGGGAUUAAUAUUGUAAAUAGUGUACCAGUGAAUAUUAUGCUGGACAACAAACUGACUAUUUGUGUACCUAAGCUAAAAGAUAUACCUGAGUAUUCAGUCCUAGACAUAAGCGGAAUCGAAGUAGAGCCAGGAGGCGUUAAGGUAGAGCCGGUAGAUAGCGCCGAGGUCUUAGAAAAAAUAAUAUGUGAUAGCAGCACGACAGACAGUAUUAACCUGACUAGUGAUAGAAAUUCUUCUUCUUCUUCACCUCAUAAUAAUAUAAUAUGUGAUAAACAGAAUGUAGUUAGUGUAGUUAAUUUAGGCACGUCGGAUGUCCUCGACCAUGAUGAUGACGAUGGUGGUAACUUACAAGCGCAAAUCCAAACAUCGCCACCCUCUGACCACCCACCCACAGAAACCAUUUCUCCGACACUCUGCAGCGACGCUGAUGAUGAGGAAGUUGCGCUGAAUAUAUGUAAAAAUAACGAUAGUAGUUAUAGUAAGAGUAGCAAAAUUGAAGAACCGAAAGACGAUCAUCAUGUGAACAUUAAUUUGUUAGAAAAUCAAAUUUUCAACGCGAUGUACAAUGUUCAGGAUACGAAUACGGGUAGCGAACAACCUCCAAAAAAUAUGCCUACUUUACAUAAUGCAUGUGCAAACGGUUCGGGCGAGACGAGAAAUGCGAAUGCUUGCCGUAGGGAUGAAGUCCUGCGUCCUGAAAGUACAAUUGUGCACCACGAUGAAGUUGAUAAUCUUCCUUCGUCCACCCCGGCUAUAGAGACCUUAUUCAAAGACAAAGUAAACAAUAUCUCAUACGACGACGCGAUGAAAAAUCUCAACGACAUAAUGCUGAAUGGAGAGUCACUGAACGCGGUCAAUCGUCUGAAACAGAUUCCGGCUUCCCGGUCCGCGGAAAAUGACGCUGUCAAGCACCAAGUUAGUUCGACCGAAGAGAGCGCCGACGGUUCCAUAGAGUUCGACAGAUCGGACGGCGACGAGCUGAUAUUCAACAUGACGGACAUUUCCACGGAUGCUGCAAUGCUUGAAGACCAAGUUUUCUCCACGGCGAACCGGUCAAACGACUCGGCGGAAACACGGCAGUCCAAUUCUUGCAACGUGAACAAGAAUCAGCUUAAGUCGUCAAAUUCUUCUCAGGCUGUACAAUCGCCGACGAGUUUGUUCAUCGAGAAAUCUAAGGGCGUCCACAGGAACAGUCAUGAUUCGGGUAUCGAGGAGACCAACUUAUCUGUGUCAGCCGACAGCAUUCCGGAACGCGGCACAAAGCCACCGUUUCAAGAGAGCACCGAGUCCGUGAUCGACUCGGAAUGGUCUUUUGGUGGCGUCGAAUCGGAGGAUUCCAGCGCCGAUUUGAUCAAGAACAAGAUGGCGGUAUCCGGGGAGAUUGAUACUGGCAAUAACAACGAAGACAGCGGUGAUGAAAUCAACCAAUCGAAGUCUAACAAUGCUUUGAUCGCCCGUACUGAGUGCGAGAACAAGUCCAUAGAGAAAUUGUUGGUCGAAAUAAGCUCGGAAGGAAGAGAUAAUGAGAUUUCUGGGUGCUCUGCUGUUGUCUGCUCUAUAAGGUGAGUUGAUAAGAAUUGUCGAUCAUGACAUAUGAGCAGUAUGCUAAAUUCCGUUUUGCAGUAUCAAGGCACAGCCCUCAGAAUCACAACAUUACAAUGCACAGCUUUUUGUAACAUUUCGUAUAAAUCCUUCACACCAUCUAUCAGAACGUAUACAUUGAGGUUGAAAGGCGCUGUCUGGUGGUGGAAAGUAUAUAGAACUCAGAAACAGUUGUAUUUAAAUUUAAAAGUCCUUUUCUUUCUGUUUUUUUUUUAUUCUGUUCGUUUCACUGUAAAUCAUCUUGUUGUGACAAAAUAGAAGCUUGACAGCUUGUGCCAAGGCUUCUAUGCCUUGAUAUUGGUAAAAUUAGCCCAAACGUUCGACUGUUUUUUCGGCGCCAUAUUGUUUAACCGAGUCCAUAUUUUGUAUACCAACCUCAAAGAAACAGAUCUCGAGUUACGAAAUUUCGAAAGUAAACCAUACAAUCCCAAAGCAGCUUUUGAAUAUCGACUGCUCAAAAAUAUUGCUAGAUUUUUACGGAUUGUCCCAAUAUGGGUUAAAAUGUAUUGUAGUUACACAUUCUUCUUAUGAUUAUAACGCGAGUAUUAAUGGCGGUAUGAAUAGGAAUUUGUUUAGCCCCGUGAAAGAAUAGAAACCAACAACAACAAAAACUAAACAUUUUACUUUGUACAACUUUGAUUAAUGUAAGAUAGUUGUAGUGUUGGAAGCUUAUCGUAUACAUGAUAUAUAUAACAAACAGAUAUUAUAUUUUGCUUUUUGUUAGCCGUAAGAAAGCUUAUAACUUUUUUUUUUACACUACUGCUAUGUCCCGUUUAUUAACACGUAUUCCUACUUACUAUAUUGGCUUAUCAUUUUUAAUAACACCUAUGAUUGACAAUGAUGCACGUCCGUUGCAAAAUGGAAGUGAAAGUUGUAUCUUAAGGUGUUUACAUCAUCAUUAUCAUUAUAAAAUAAUUUUGCUUUUUCGCCAAAAUUAAACAUUUGCAAUUAACAAAUCGUGACGAAAAUUUCGGUCAAAUAAUUUUUAUUCAUAGUUGCAACUUGUCGAUCGUGGGAUUGUAAAUUUUUGUAAAAGAAAUCAGAUUUAAAA